CGUUUAUCAUCAGUUUGUCGAUGGCAACGCGCGCAACUGGACGUUCCUUCGCUUUCAUUCGAAUCUCCUCUUCACGUGUGCACCCUACAAAAAUUUCACUUUAUAUUCACUGCAUGUGUCUGAGUUUGUGUGUGUGUGUGUGAUUGUGUGUGCUUGCGAGUACGUUGUAGGAGCUAACUUUAAACGGUUUUAGCGGUGCUGCAAGUGUGUGCUCGAGCCACUUUCCUAAUUUUGCCGGUUACAAAUUGUUUAUGCUAAAUAUCAAAAAUCAAAAAAAAUUAAAAAAAAAAAAAACCUUUCUGAGUUUUUUAUGUGGUGGCAUGUGCAGCAAGUUCCAGUUAGAAAUACAACAACAACUGCAGAGCAGUCGAACAAAUCUGGGCGAACGAAUGCGGUUUAAUGCGGGCCAUGCUGGCCCACGCCCACAGCAGGUUCACAGCAACAACAGCAACAACAACAACGAGAACAACUAGAGAGUAAAGUGAAGUUGAGUUAUGUUGCUGGCGGAUGUGAAAUUCACUUUGAGGAUAUGAAAAUAGCGCAUAAACGAGCCAUAACACAUGCGAACAAACGGAAGAGCUUAAAAGGAGUGCAAAAAGAGGAAAAGUACAGGCAGAGCUUGGUAAUACAGCACACGUAUACAACACUGCCAGAGCAACAGCAACAGCAACAGUAACAACAACAACAACAACAACAACAACAACAACAACAAUAGCAGCAGCAAAGUUGUCAAAAGAAAAGUGAAAGCCGAAAACUGUAAACGAGACUUCGUGUAAACACUCAAAAGCUCGUUAACAGAAUACAUCCUGCCUGUGCCUGCCCGCCCGCCUGCCUGCCUGGCUGCCUCUCUCUCCCACCCUCUUACUCACUCAUUCUGUGAGUGUGUAUCAUCAUCAUGUACGUACAACAGCAACGACUGAGCCGUCUGAGUAGCUUCAACUGUCGCCUCUGCCCGGCCAUUGCCAUUGCCAUUGCCAUUGCUAUAGUCGCAUAGUCGCAUAGUCGCGCUUCCGCUUCCGUCUACGCUCACUCGCCUCAUUUCCGCUGCGGCUGCAAUUAAGCCAACUACCCUCUAACCUGCAACAAAACAACAACGGCAAAAACAACAACAACUACAACUGCAAUAAGAAUGGCGCGAGCGACCAACUUUAAUGACGCGCUGGACUACAUCUACAUAGCCAACAGCAUGGAUAGCAAGGCCUAUCUGAUAGCCGACCCGCGGCCCGACGAGCCAGCCGAUGAGGAUAUGAUGCAGCAGGCGGAGGAGGAGGAGGAGGAGGAGCAGCAGCAGCAGCAGCAGCCGCAGUUAAAUGGCGGCGACAGCAAUAACAACAGUCAAUACUACAACGAUGGCGACUUUCCGAAUACGGCGGCAGCUGUGGCAGCUGUUGCGGCCGCGGCUGCCUUGGAGAACAAUGCGAACAGCAGCUCGCCGAGCUUUCCCAGCCCCAAUAGCUCACCUGGCUCGCCGCUGGCGACCGCAGCGCUGGCAGCAGCUGCGGCCAGCGCCUCGGUGGCGGCGGCUGCAGCGCGCAUAACCGCCAAGGCGGCGCAUCGGGCGCUGGGCAGCAAAGCGGCUAUCGACCUGAUCGAUGCCGACGGCAGCAAAAGUGCGGACAAUAAUUAUACGAAUGUGGCUGUCGGCCUGGGUGCGAUGCUGCUGAACGAUACGCUGCUGCUGGAGGGCCUGGGCAACGAGACGGGGGGGCUGGGCAUCUUUGGCGAUGUGGUGAAUGGCAGCGGGACGCUGUUAAAUGGCAGCGCAGCGAUCAAUGUGACGGCCAGCAAAGUGGCCGAGGAUGACUUCACGCAGCUGCUGCGCAUGGCCAUCACAACGGUGCUGCUCGGCCUGAUGAUACUCGUCACGAUAAUUGGCAACGUCUUUGUGAUAGCUGCCAUUAUACUGGAGCGCAAUCUACAGAAUGUGGCCAACUAUCUGGUUGCCUCACUGGCCGUGGCUGAUCUAUUUGUGGCCUGCCUCGUGAUGCCCCUUGGCGCCGUCUAUGAGAUCAGCCAAGGCUGGAUUCUUGGACCGGAGCUGUGCGACAUUUGGACCUCAUGCGAUGUCCUCUGCUGCACGGCAUCGAUUUUGCAUCUGGUUGCCAUUGCUGUCGAUCGCUAUUGGGCUGUGACCAACAUUGAUUACAUCCAUUCACGCACCAGCAACCGCGUCUUCAUGAUGAUCUUCUGCGUCUGGUCCGCAUCUGUGAUUGUUUCGCUGGCGCCACAAUUCGGCUGGAAGGAUCCGGAUUAUCUGCAGCGCAUCGAGCAGCAAAAGUGCAUGGUCUCACAGGAUGUGGCCUAUCAGGUAUUUGCCACCUGUUGCACUUUCUAUGUGCCACUGCUGGUUAUUUUGGCUCUGUACUGGAAAAUCUAUCAGACGGCCAGGAAACGCAUUCAUCGUCGACGACCGCGUCCUGUUGACGUGACAGCCAACAAUAAUCAGCCCGCUACUGGCGCUUCUUCAGAUACCAAAUUAAAUCGUCUGCGCUUACGUCUUGGCAAAUUUUCAACGGCCAAGAAUAAGAGCGGCACAGCGUCUGGCGGAGCAGGAGCUGCGGGAGGCAGCACGGCAUUGGGCCUGGUCGAGGGCAACUCGACGAAUACGGUUAACACGGUGGAGGAUACGGAGUUCAGUAGCUCGAAUGUGGAUAGCAAAAGUCGCGCCGGCAUCGAGGCGCCAAGCACAUCAGUUAGCCAAAUCGCUACCGUCUCACAUUUGGUGGCUUUGGCCAAUCAGCAGCACAAGCAACUGAAACCCACUGAAGCUGUUGAGCCACGCGUGCAGGAGGAGGAGCAGCUGGAGGAACAGCAGCAAGAACAUCAGCUAAAUGUGGUUGAAGCAACCGCAACCACAACAGCAGCAGCAGCAGCUGAAGCUGGAGAGGCAACAGCAGCAGCAGCGGCAGCAGCAGCAACAACACCAACUGGCAAAGCCAAUGGCAACGGCGGUGUGGAGGUGCUUGAGGAUCCGCAGCUGCAACAGCAGUUGGAACAAAUGCAACAGCUGCAAAAAACAAGCAAAUCCGUCGGCGGUGGUGGUGGCGGUGGAGGUGGUGCCAGCACAUCAAAUGCCACAACAAUUACAUCGAUAUCAGCGCUAUCGCCACAGACACCAACGACGCCAGCAGCUGGCCCAAUGACAACAAAGACCAGCACGCUAACCAGCUGCAACCAGGCGCAUCCGUUAUGCAGCUCCGCAAACGCCUCGGGUGCGGUAACACCCGAGCCGCGCACCAAACAGCUGCACCUGCAGCUGCAUCAGCAACCAAAUCCAAGUCCCAAUUCAUCCACUCAACACUCACAGCAGCAGCAGCCGGCACAGCAAUUGUCCAGCAUCGCGAAUCCCAUGCAAAAGGUGAACAAACGCAAGGAGACGCUGGAGGCGAAGCGUGAAAGGAAAGCGGCCAAAACCUUGGCCAUUAUAACGGGCGCCUUCGUUGUCUGCUGGCUGCCCUUCUUUGUGAUGGCGUUGACGCUGCCCCUCUGCGCCGCCUGCCAGAUCAGCGACAGCGUCGCCUCGCUCUUCCUGUGGCUGGGCUACUUCAACUCGACGCUGAAUCCGGUCAUCUACACGAUAUUCAGUCCUGAGUUCCGACAGGCCUUCAAGCGCAUCUUGUUUGGCGGUCAUCGACCAGUGCAUUAUCGCAGCGGGAAGCUCUAGAUAGUGCAUGCGAAGAGGCGAAGGCGUUUCUGCUAAGCAGGCGAAAGGAUUUGCCUCUUCGUUAAAAAUGUAUUUAAAAGGCCACAGAAAGCAGCUAAAGAAGAUGAACAAAAGGCAGCGGAAGAUGAUGAAGAAGAAGAAGACGAACACCAGCACUCACUACAUGCAUGUAUACCAAAAGUAAAGCAUUAGCAGUAGAUAUAAGAAAUGGAGAUUAUAAAUGUAUUAAAAAUAAAUGUAUUAAAAUAUA